AUGCCACCGCGACCGCGUCAGAAUCCGCACCCGCCAGCGCUCCCAUCCCAUCUCUCCUACAAAUCCGCACUUGUCCUACUUCCUCCAGCAUCCAUAACUCCACCAAUACAAUCGCUACGGCGUGUGCAUGACCGCAAUUUCCGCCGCUGGCCACCGCAUAUCAACCUCAUUUACCCGUUUCUCGCCCAGCCAAGCGCGCAACUCGAGUCGAACAUCCUACCCCGUUUGCAAAAGACUGCGCAGUGCAUUCCGCGCUUUACAGUAAACUUGUCCAAAAUAUCUCACUUCAGACACGGGCCUAAAAGCGCCACCAUUUAUCUCGCUACAGGCGAUGCAAGUCAAUCGUCUUCAAACGCUUGUUUUCAUGCCAUUCCUGCCAUUUCCGGGAGAAACGACGCUGUUACAGGAAACAAGGUCGAGGAUCAAGCCCAAGCACAGAUUUCCACCUGCUCAGGCCCUGAAAUCCACCCCCAGACUAUCCCAUCAAAUCAAAAAUCUGACGAGAAUACGCGAGACGAGAACGGCAUACAUGCGCUUCAGGCCGCAUUACAGACCGAAUUCGCCGAAUGUGAUGCAGACAAGAGACCAUUUACUCCGCACUUGUCCCUAGGUCAAGCCAAGGCCGAAUCGAGCGUGACAGAUUUCGAAAAAGAGGUGGAGCGUGUCAUUCGGCGGUUUGUAAGUGGCUACAGUGUUGACACUGCUCCAGACCGCAGCGAACAAAAUGCGGAAGAGAGUGAGAACAUCGUUGGAACCGCCAGUCAUGCUCAACCUGAUACUUCUUCGGAUGAUCUAGGCGGUUCGAGGGAACUGCAGUUUCCCAUCGAGCGUAUUUGUGUUCUUGAACGGAGUGGUUUCGAUGAUCCUUUCCGAGUCGUUGCAGAUGUGCCUCUUGGUAAUUAG